AGCCUGGCCUGCUCAAGGUUAAACUCCAAGGAAUGUCAUCUAGGAUCUAGAGCCCAGAGAUACAGGAAUGAGGCAAGGGGCGACAGACAUGGCCAGAGGGGUGACUCCACAGCUGCUAUUCCUGCUUGUAUGGGGGACCAUGGUUCAAGCUGCGCAGCCCAGGACCGACCUUCUAAAUGUCUGCAUGAACUCCAAGCACCAUAAGGAGAAGCCAGGCCCUGAAGACCAGCUGCACCAGCAGUGCAGUCCCUGGAAGCAAAACUCUUGUUGCUCCGUCAAUACCAGCCAGGAAGCUCAUAAGGAUAUUUCAUACCUGUAUAAUUUUAAUUGGGACCAUUGUCCCAUUAAGAUGACACCAAAGUGCAAACGGCACUUCAUCCAGGACACCUGCCUGUAUGAGUGUUCUCCCAACCUGGGGCCCUGGAUCCAGCCAGUUGACCAGAGCUGGCGCAAAGAAAGAAUCCUGGAUGUACCACUGUGCAAGGAAGAUUGUGAGCUCUGGUGGAAGGAUUGUCAAACUUCCUAUACCUGCAAGAGCAACUGGCACAAGGGCUGGAACUGGACCUCAGGCUUUAACCAGUGUCCAGUGCAAGCCGCUUGCCAUCGCUUCGAUUUCUAUUUCCCUACCCCAGCUGACCUAUGCAAUGAGAUUUGGAGUCACUCCUACAAGGUCAGCAAUUAUAGCCGAGGCAGUGGCCGCUGCAUCCAGAUGUGGUUUGACCCAGCCCAGGGCAACCCCAAUGAAGAGGUGGCCAGGUUCUAUGCUGACGCCAUGAGUGGAUCUGAGCUUCGUGGAGCCCCUCUUUUGCUUGGCCCCACCUUGGUGCUACUCUGGUUGUUUCUUUGAGCUCCCUGCAGUUUCCCAGACCUGGACAGCCUCUAACUCCCAGCCCUUUAGUUCUGAAUACACAUGUGGACCAAUUAUUUGAAUAAACCAGAAAGCCCAUGCA